CGGAUGUACCGUGCAAGCACGUGGGCGGGACCCAUCCGGAGGAGGGCACAGGGGCGGGUGCGGACCCGGAGGGGUGCGGAACGAGGGCGGGGCGCCGGUGGCACUGCUGGUUAGGCUUCUGUAGGCGGGUGCCGCGCUGUGGUCACUGCCUCUGCAUCUGGGGUCGCGGUGUCUGCGAGAGUCCUCUCCCAGACCGAACUCUCCUGCUCCAGCUCCAGGCUAGGCCUGGGCCGAGGUCCGGGCGGGGCCCCAAGUCCGGGCGCAGCUGGGGAAUCUCCUGAGCUGCCCGAGUGCCCGGCGGUGGAGCUCACGGCCGCCCGGCUGCAGGUGAUCAUACAGGUGUCUUCGGGCCACAGGUGGCCGUGCAGCCUCGCCAUGGUGGAUGUACUGGGCGGGCGGCGCCUGGUGACCCGUGAGGGCGCGGCGGUGGAGGCCGAGACGGCGCUGCAGAACAAGGUGGUGGCGCUGUACUUCGCCGCGGGCCGGUGCGCGCCCAGCCGCGACUUCACGCCGCUGCUCUGCGACUUCUACACGGCUCUGGUGGGCGAGGCGCGGCGGCCCGCUCCCUUCGAGGUGGUCUUCGUGUCGGCCGACGGCAGCGCCGAGGAGAUGCUGGACUUCAUGCGGGAGCUGCACGGCGCCUGGCUGGCGCUGCCUUUCCACGACCCCUACCGGCAACAGAGUCACACUUUAUUGCCCUUGGUAGAGUGCUGUGAUAUCACAGCUCACAGCAACCUCCUGGUCUUAGGAGAUUCUCUUGCCUCAGCCUCAUGAGUAGCUGGGACUACAGGUACCCACCACAAUGCCCAGCUAUUUUUUUGUUGCAGUUUGGCCAGGGUGGGGUUUGAACCCGCCACCCUCGGUAUAUGGGUUCGGCACCUACCCACUGAGCCACAGGUGCAUCCCUACUUUUUUUUUUUUUGAUCAACUAAUAAUUUAAGUGUGCCUCGAAAGUUUAGCUGUAGGUUCAAGUGUGCCAUGAGAUUAAAAAGGUUGAAAACACUGCCUUUAGGUAUGGAUGUGUAUGGCUGGAUUUUACUUUACAGAGGCCAAUUUCACGUUUCUCUGGAGAUUAUCAUUCAGUUGUACAUUAGCCCUAAAAUUAAUUGUUAUGGUGGUGGGUGCCUAUAGUCCCAGCUACUCAUUUCCCUUCUGGAAAAUGAGAAUAGGAAGCUAACUUUGGAAAGAUCUCUAGAAGAGUUAAUUAACUGGAAGAAGUCUGAUUAUUCUGGUUGGGCCCCCACAGCUCAGUGGUUAGGGUGCCAGCCACAUGCUCUGGGGCUGGUGGGUUCAAGCCCAGUCCAAGCCUACUAAACAAACAAACAAAAAAAAAUAGCAGGGCAUUGUGGCGGGCACCUAUAGUGCCAGCUACUAGGGAGGCUGAGGCAAGAGAAUUGCUUGAGCCCAAGAGUUGGAGUUUGCUGUGAGCUGUGAUGCUAGGGCACUCUACUGAGGGUGACAAAGUGGGAGUGUCUCAAUUAAAAACUAAAAAUAAAAACAAGUCUGAUUAUUCUCCUUACACAUGAUCUUUCUCUCUCUCUCUCUCUUUUUGAGACAGAGUCUCACUAUGUCACCCUCUCAGAGUGCCCUAGCAUCACAGCUCACAGCAACCUCAAACUCUUGGGCUUAAGCAAUUGAUUCUCUUGUUUCAGCCUCCCAAGUAGCUGGGAUUAUAGGCACCCACCACAACGCCCGGCUAUUUUUUUGUUGUCGUUGUCAUUUUUGUUUAACAGGCCUUGGCUAGCUUUGAACCCACCAGUCCCAUUGUAUGUGGCUGGUGCCCUAACCACUGAGCUAUGGGGACCGAGCUGAGUCUUGCUUUCUUGCACCCAGGAACGUGUGAUGGCAUCAUAGCUCACAGCAAUCUCAAACUCUUGGGCUCAAGCCA